AUGUCCCGUGAAGAGCUCGUGCAGAAGGCCAAGUUGGCUGAGCAAGCCGAGAAAUACGACGAAAUGGCUGACGUGAUGCAAAAGGUGGCCGAGCAAGGAGACGAGCUGGCAAACAAUGAAAGGCAUCUUCUGGCUUCUCGCUUACAAGAAUGUGGUUGGGGCUCGUCGGUCAUCAUGGAGAGUCAUCUCGUGGAUCGAGCAAAACGCCAUUCUGAGAUCAUUCAACAAUCAUUC